AUGCAGUUCUCUACCAUCGCGAAAAUCAUCGCCGUCACGGCCUGGGGCGCCCAGGCCCUGGCCAUGCCCCUCAGCGACGGCAAUGUCGACGGCAACACCGCCCUCGAUCGCCGCAGCUCUGGCCAGUCGAGUGGUUGGAGCGGUCUGAGCGGAAGCGGCGACCGCAAGGCAAUGGCUGGUGGGAGGAGCGGGCUUUGGGACAAGGCGGAUCAGCAAUCCAUUGACGAUGAUGACAACUACAAGAAAACCCAAAAGUCCAAGAAGAAGGAUCGCACUACCGGGUACGCAAGGUCAGCGUACCACAACGAGCACCUCAGGGAUUCCGAAGAGUAG